AUGUUGGUAGAAGCAUUUGACUUUCAACUUGGAAAUCCAGUUCAUCAAGGUCUCUCAGUGAUUGGGAAAUCAUUCGCAACUACAGGAGGCAAGGUGUUAAUACACAGCCCCUAUGCCAAUCAAUCUAUUGCAGCCGCGAAUUAAGUUUAGAUUGCUCCAGCAAAAAAUAAAGAGAUGAGGUUCUUGAAUACAAACAAAGAAAUAGUAGCAAUGUCUGCAGGUGCUUUGAAUAUAGCUAAAGAUAAUGAAAUUCUGUUUGUGGGGUCAAGGACUAAUCUUCUAGCCUACGGUAAUUAUAGCAUUAAUUUGACUUUGCCAGAUGUUGAAAACAAUUGUGAUAUAUUUGACAAAGAAGUAUCAGAUGGAGUGAAUUGUUUGAGUUUUGGAACAUUUCCUCAAAUUGGAGCACCUCUUAUUGUAGCUGGUGGAAAUUGCUCUAUUACAGGUUUUGACCUGCAGGCAGAAGAAAGAUUUUGGACUGUGACUGGAGAUAAUGCAACUGCUCUAGAAUUUUUAGAUUGGGACGAAGAUGGCGAUGAUGAAUUACUGGCAGGAAGUGAGGAUUUCAGCAUUAGAAUCUUUAAGCAAGAAGAAAUGCUUUAGGACAUCAAUGAGUAGUCAAAGAUUUAGUUUAUCAAAAAGAUCCACAAAUGUGUAUUUGGAUAUUCCUUGAUGAAUGGUACUUUCGGAGUUUAUCAUGGGAAGAAAAGAUUAUGGAGAUAAAAGGGAAAGGACAAAGUCACAGCUUUGGUUGGAGUUGAUUUUGAUAUAGAUGGCUAGUAUCUUUUGCUAAUUGGCUACACUAGUGGUGUAAUUGAGGCAAGAAAACACAGAACAGGAGAUCUAUUGCAUAAAACAUAGGUAGAAAGUGGCGGCCAUCCAGUUUCUAACAUAUUCUACUAUGAUUUUAGAAUGGAGGGUCUUCCUCAAGUAAUAGCAAUAGAUGUUGAGGGCAACGUAAAGGGUUUGGCAUUGACUAGAAAUGUAAAGCAAUUCUAAGCCAUUGAAAAUAAUGGAGAUGAAUUAGCUGUUGAAACAAAGGCAAUAGAUGAUGCCUUCGUUGAUCUUAAUAGAUAAAAGUUAGAGUUAAUGAGUAAACUUGAAUCUAUUAAAGAAAAAAAGGACUAGAAGAAAGCUCAACCAAAAGGCCAACAAUAGCAAGUAUCAAGUCAUAAUCUUCCUCCUGGUAGAAAUGAUAUAAGAUUUUCUUAACUUGCUGAUCCUAAUUCAACUACAUGCAUCAUGACUAUAACCAUAAACAAGCCAGGGUGGAUAAUCAAAAGCGUCAUUUUGUGCAAUGAGGCAUUGUUUGAAGGAGAAUCAUUUGCUGUUUACCCUUAAUAGUCUACAAAUACUGUAUAAAUUCCUCUAAGGUCAGAAAAGAACCAAGAACUUCAGGUGGAUAUUAAAGUCUUAAUGGGCACUGGCUUAAAUUCAUCAUAAUUCCUGAUUCAUCAUGAGCCUAAAUACACUUUUAGAAAAUUUUCAAUGUUUAAGUAUUUGGGCUAAGAUUAGAAGCUUCUCUUUCAAAAGCCUGAAUCACAGGUAAUGUUUGUUUGUGAAAGAGGAGUUAUCCAAAAUAUUGUGGACUGGACACAGCAAUCAUUUAUUAUGAGUGAACAUGGUGACUUAAAGAAAAGUCUCAUUCAAUACAACUAAUAGUAGAUUAUUUUGAAAUAUAUUGAUGCAAGGUCAUUUUUGCCCCUAAUUAUUUCAGCGAUGAUGGGAGGAGCAGGUCUCCAGGACUUCUGUAGCAACUUCUUGAAAAUUGGAGAGCUUGAAAGCACCUGCUCAUUCCCCUCUGAGAUAAAGAAGUUAGGCGAUUUGCUAGCUUUGAUAGAGGAGAGCAAUCAAUUAAAGACCCACUUUAGCGCUAAUAUAUCUGAAAAUAUCAACAAUUUGAAAGUUCAAAUUGUCAAAGCUGAAGCUUCUCUUAUGAUCAAUGAUAUAGAAUCAAUGAAGAAGAAUUAUGCUUAAGUUCAAUAAGAAAAUGGAGCACUAAUUGGAGAGUAUUUAAAGAGAAGUAAUAAUCACUAGAAUCUGAUAUCGACAUUGAAAGAGCUAAAUGCUAUGAUUAAAAAUGCUAGCAAUCUGAGACUGGGAAAUGCUCAGAAAAGAAUUGUAGCAGAAGCCAGAGAAGCUAUCAAGACAAACACCUCUUAGAAAAUAGCCACUGUAUUCUAGAGAGGUACAGCCAGAGUUUGA